AUGGCUGACAACCUGCCGACCGCCUCGGGCUCCUCGAACCAGGGUCGUGGUGGUCGCCGCCGCGGCCGCGGAGGGGCUAACCCAUCCGGCCGCUUGGACGGUCAACAGACACCUGGGGACGGGACCAGCAAAGGUUCAAAGUACCGGGGCCGCGGAGGAAAAAGCUCUGGUGGCCGUGAUAAACAGAAGAGUGCUGACGGGACCGGAACCAACGGGGCGCAACCCAGGCCGGCGACGGCGACAGUUGGAACGAAACAGGUGGCCGCCGCUACUGACGAUGCGGAUGAUGGCGAGAUCUGCUUCAUCUGCGCUUCCACCGUCGAGCACACUUCUGUGUCACCUUGCAACCACCGUACCUGUCACAUCUGUGCCCUUCGUCUGCGCGCGCUUUACAAGAACAAGGGUUGCGCUCACUGUCGGACCGAAUCCGCUUUCGUGAUCUUUACCGACGAUCCCGUCCGACGUUUUGAGGAUUUUGGAAAGAACGAUUUUGCUCGGACCGACGACAAUCUUGGAAUUCAAUAUGAAAAGGACGAAAUCUUUGAAGAUACUGUGCUAUUAUUACGCUAUAAUUGUCCUGACGAGGGCUGCGAUGUCGCUUGCUUGGGAUGGCCGGACUUGCAUCGCCACGUUAAGAGCAAGCAUGGCAAGGUGAUGUGCCGCUUACCAGAAUACAGUGAUCUGUGUACCCGGAAUAAAAAGGUCUUCACCCACGAGCACACUCUCUUUACAAUGGCGGAAUUGCGACGGCAUGAGAAGCAUGGAGAUGACAAGCCAGGAGCCAUCGACCAGAGUGGUUUCAAAGGACACCCAGAGUGUGGCUUCUGUCGCCAGCGAUUCUACGGCGAUGAUGAACUCUAUACUCAUUGCAGAGACAAACACGAACGCUGUCACAUCUGUGACCGCCGCUCUUCCCACCGCCAGCAACAGUAUUACAUCGACUACAAUGCCCUCGAGGACCAUUUUCAAAAAGACCACUUUUUAUGCCUUGAUCCAGAGUGUCUGGAAAAAAAAUUCGUGGUUUUUGAAUCCCAGAUGGAUCUGAAAGGCCAUCAAUUGGAGUCUCAUCCGAACGGUGUCUCGAAAGACAUUCGUCGAGAUGCACGACUAGUCGACCUUAGUGAGUUUGACCUUCGCGGUUCAUAUCAACCGCAACAGAGACAACGCCGUGGUGCUGGCCGGGGGCGUGAUCCCAACACCGAGCCUCUGCCUGCUACUAGUGCUCAGCCCUUGCGCAGAGACCAGCUUGCCUAUCAACGGCAAAUGGAAAUCCAGAGUGCACAAUCUGUCUCAACGCGUAGCUUUGGGGGACAACUCACACGCAAUGAAACCCAGACUGUGCAAGCACCACCACGAUCAGCCGGUGCCACACCGACACCAGCUGCAGCUCGUUCUCCUCCAGCUGCAGAGCUCGAGAAUCUGAGCUUGGCUGCCAGCUCAGACCCACUUAGCCCGCAAGAUCAAGCUCGUCGACUACGUCACACAGCGGUAGUCGAAAGAGCAUCAAAUCUGCUGCAUAACGACAACGCCAAGAUGGUCGAGUUCCGCAGUAGAGUCUCCAGCUACCGGUCGUCCUCAAUCACAGCCACCGAGUUGAUCGAUGCCUUUUUCUCGUUGUUCGAUACCUCGAGCUCCGAACUCGGUAAGCUCAUCAAAGAGCUAGCCGAGAUUUACGAAGACCAGUCCAAGCGCAAUAGCCUCCUCCAGGCAUGGAAUGACUGGCGUGCUAUCAACGAGGACUAUCCUGCUUUGCCAGGCCCCGGAGGGCUGCUGCCGGGAAUGUCGGCCAGCACCAUCAAUACUGGUGGUUCACGUGAGCGGUGCCAUGCCGUCCUCAUCCUCCUCGAAUCCUUUCCCUCCCUGUCCGCUGCCGUCGGAUCAUCAUCUCGUCGCACUGUCACUGCUUCCACGCCAUGGGCAACGGCCACCCCCUCACCUUCUCUUGCACGGCCCAGUGCACCGAGUCGCUCCUCUUCUUCUACCCCUGCGGCAGCCUCACGCGCCCCUACCGCUAGUGGAGCGGACGCCUUCCCUGCUCUCCCAGCGGCUCCCAAGCCGAACGUCAUGAUGGCUGGUAAAACCCGCGGUUAUGUUCGUUGGGAUGAUCGGCGUGGCCCUGCCCCGACUGCGUGGGGUUCCAAUCCAUCAUCUGGUGCUGCUACUCCCGCCGAGCCAUCUGAUUUCGAUUUUGAAGAUGAGGAAACUGGCGGUAAAAAGGGCAAAAAGAAGAAGGGCAAGCAGACACUCUUCCACUUCGGUUAA